AUGUUCAUUUUGGUGUUCUUGCUGGCAAUCGCCCAAGCCAAUACUAAUGAUAAUAACAGUAGUGUAUCACCUAUGGCCACUGCAUGCAUGGCUCAUAAAGGCCCCAUUCCGCCCGACCUUACUUUGCGUGUUGGAUUGUUUCAGAAUCCGCCAGUCAGUUUUGUGUCCAAGGAGAACGAAGGAAUUCAGUUUAGGGGCUUUUAUGUGGAGCUUCUGGAAAGCUUGCAAGUAUUUGCCACGGCGGACAACGUUACGUUGCAAUUCGAGUUGAAGGAAGUGACCUCCAGUUACAACGAUGCAUUCAGUAUGGUGGCGAACGACUGCAAAGAAGUGUUUUCGGCGUCUUUGGGAGAACGUGAGGGGGAUUAUUGGGACGAAGACGACGACAAAUGCAACAGAUAUGAUGUAAUUGCUGGCAGCUUUUAUGCCACUGCCGAUCGGGCUCUGCGAGCUCAUUUGACACCAUCAAUACUGAAGGACAGCGUCAACACGGUCAAGUUCCUGGGAACGGACGAGCAUCAAAGCCCCUCCAUUACAACCAUGAAGGAAGCUAGUAGAGCCAAUGCACCUGUCUGUGUCAGGGGUGGGACUUAUUUUGCCCAAGUAGUACAAGGAAAGUUUCCCGAUUUGAACUAUUAUUGGUGUGACUCCAACCUUGCAUGUGUGGCAGAUCUGAAACAAGGAAAAUGCGUCUUGAAUGUGGCUGGGGAACUCGGAUUAAGAUACCUUGCCGCGUGGGACGAUGCCUUGGAAGUGACGGGAGAAGCGUUGAGUACGACCUUUAUCGUAUGGCCAACCCGGGAUACUUUGCCACCAAUGGUGCUGAGAGCCAUGGAUCGAUGGAUCUUGGCGGCCCUCAAUAAUGGUACAAUGGAUGCCUUGUACUCCAAGUAUUUCCAAAAGGCGCUCUGUCCUGUAGGGACAGCCGGGGAACAAUGUGAAUUGCCUUGCGAUCCAAACCAUGGCCAGGCGGAUGGGCGAGGUAUCUGUGUUUGCGAAUCGUCAAAAUGGACGGGUGACGACUGUUCCGUCGAACUAGAAGAAGACACCAACAUGGUGCCACUGGCGUUCAAAGUGAUAGCACUGUGUAUGGUGGCAAUCAAUGGGCUGGUCAUUCUUCUCUGCGCCGUUUGGUUGUGUGUAUACCGGAACAGCCCACAAGUACGAUACGCCCAGCCCUUCUUCCUUUUGUUGGUCUUGCUCGGAUGUGCUAUCAGUUCUUCGACAAUCCUUGCGCUCCUGCAAGAAGACUCCCCCGGCGGUGACAAACCGAGUUGCAUGAGCAUUCCCUGGCUGUACAGUGUCGGCUUUGCCAUCACAUUUGGAACGCUCUGUGCCAAGGUCCUUCGUGUGUACAUGGUUUUUGCGACAGGAAGUAGACGUACCAACAAUCAGAGGAGAGCUCACUUUGUGUCAUUUCAUGCAACACUCCUUGUUAUUGGUGGGGUGCUUUUGGUGGACGUAGCAAUCUUGGUGUCUUGGACACUCAUUGAUCCGUUGGUUUGGGUGAGAACAGUGACUGUUGCGGAUCAAUUUGGCCAACCUCUGGCGAGUCAUGGUUACUGCACUUCUGAUUCCUGGAAGCUAUUUGCUUGUCUGAUUGGGGUGUUCCAUUUGGGUUUGAUGGCCGUUGCUUGUUACCUAAGUUAUAUUGCGCGAGGAAUUCCUUCCAGAUUCAAUCAAUCAAAGUAUGUGGCAAUUGCCAUGGUAUCCAACCUUCAGAUCUUUGUGGUUGGUGUCCCGGUCUUGGUGAUCCUCGGGACCGAGACCCAAACAAGCUUCUUCGUGCGGAGUUGUAUCGUUUGGAUGAAUGACUUGAUGGUUGUGUCUUUGAUCUUUGGAAACUUGAUGUAUAGUGUUUACUACUCUUCCCCAGAGAAUGAUGGCACAGAUGCUGUCCAAAUGGAUAUCAGAAGGGCUGUAGGCAAGCUAGCUGGUUCCAGUGUACAACAAAUGGCUCCUGGUUCCAGUGUACAAAGUGUACAACAAAUGUUCUCCCAACGCCCAAUCAACAUUGAAUCAGCAUCUACCGGUACUGUUGAGAUCAGUUCUCGCACACGCGCACUGGAUGCCUAUCAGGCAAUGUAUGGUAGCAAAAAUCUGCCGGAUGUAUCAAGUCUCACAAUGCAAUCAUCUUUCACUGCACUGGAUGGAAAGGGAGAGACAACUGCUGUCCCUCUGGUGCUCCCCGCCCUGCCGGAAGAUGGUACUGGAGAUUGGUCAUUGCGAUGCAUUCCUAUGCCUGCGGCUUUCAGGAACUCUGCAAACUCCAAGACCGGCCUUGUCAAGCCAGAGAGGCAGGACACUCUAGUGGAGGACAUGGAGGACACAGAGGACAAAAAGCAGCCAGAGUGUGGACGUAGGGUAUCAAUGGAUUCAAAGACUGGCCUCAUUAAACCAGAGAGAAAGGAAGCAGAUGUGGAAGACAUCAAACCAGAGCAUGGGAGAAGGGCGCCAAUAGACUCCUGCCUUGUCAAGCCAGAGAGGAAGGUGACUGCAACCUCGGACACUGAGGAUCCAGAAUGUGGACAAAGUAAAGCAUCCGUGCAAAUUGAAGCCACUCCAAAGGCUCCAGUUGAACUUUCUUCAGUUCUUCAAUUCUAG